GCGGGGCGGGGCGGGACCGCGGGCGCACCUGCCCCGAGCGGCGGGGCUCUCGGCGGCUGCGCGGACAACGUCCCCCUCCCUCCCGUCCCGCCGUGUGUUUACGUGGAGACGAAGAUGGCGGCGGCGGUGACGACGCUACCCGUGCGGCCGAAGACGGUCAGCCAGUGAGCGCCGAGACUGGUUCCACUAGGGCGGGGGGGGAGCGCCUGGCCCAGCCCUGCUCCCCGGGCCGCGGAGCUUGCGGUCGCACCCCUGUGUGAACCGACCUUUCCUUUCUAUCCCGAUCCCCUGCCUGUCUUCCCUUAGCCUUCCCCGCAGAAGCUAUGGAGGACGAAGAGAGACAGAAGAAGCUGGAGGCUGGCAAAGCCAAGCUUGCCCAGUUUCGACAAAGGAAAGCUCAGUCUGAUGGGCAGAAUCCUAAGAAGCAGAAAAAAAAGAGGAAAACUUCAAGUAGUAAACAUGACACAUCAGCAUACCAUGCUGUGAAUAUUGAGCAAUCACAGACUGAUGAGAUGUGCACAAAUAGUUCUCAGAGAUCAGGAUCAGCUGUGACUCCUGAAUCCACAAUAAUGAGAACUCUACACAGUGGAGAAAUAGUUAAACAUGACCAGGUCUUCUCUGUUGAACCGGAAAGUGAAAUUUCAACCACGGCAGAUGAUUAUAGUUCAGAGGUAAAUGGUUGCAGUUUUGUGGCGAGAACAGGAAAGCCUACAAAUUUAUUAAGGGAAGAAGAAUUUGGUGUUGAUGAUUCUUAUUUUGAACAUGGAGCACAGUACAAUCAGACCCACUUAGAGAUGAUGGAAAAUGAAUUGGCUGGGAAACAACAUGAGAUUGAAGAGCUAAACAGAGAACUAGAAGAAAUGAGGGCCACCUGUGGGACUGAAGGACUGAAGCAGUUGCAAGAAUUUGAAGCUGCCAUUAAACAGAGGGAUGGCAUCAUAACCCAACUCACUGCUAAUUUACAACAAGCAAGAAGAGAAAAGGAUGAGACAAUGAGAGAAUUUUUAGAGUUGACAGAACAGAGUCAAAAAUUACAGAUUCAAUUCCAGCAUUUACAGGCUAGUGAAACUCUGAGAAACAGCACUCAUAGUAACACAGCUGCAGAUUUACUACAAGCCAAACAACAGAUCCUCACUCAUCAGCAACAGCUGGAAGAACAAGACCAUCUGUUAGAAGAUUAUCACAAAAAGAAAGAAGACUUCAAAAUGCAAAUUAGUUUCUUGCAAGAGAAAAUUAGAGCAUAUGAAAUGGAACAGGAUAAAAAAGUAGAAAGCUCAAAUAAAGAAAUACAGGAAAAGGAAGCAGUCAUUGAAGAACUAAAUACAAAAAUAAUAGAAGAAGAAAAAAAAACUCUUGAGCUAAAGGAUAAAGUCACAACUGCUGAUAAAUUACUGGAAGAAUUACAAGAACAGGUUGUACAAAAGAACCAAGAGAUAAAAAAUAUGAAAUUAGAGCUGACUAAUUCCAAGCAAAAGGAGAGACAGUGUUCUGAGGAAAUAAAACAAUUAAUGGGGACAGUUGAAGAACUUCAGAAGAGAAAUCAUAAAGACAGUCAAUUUGAAAGUGAUAUUCUACAAAGAAUGGAACAAGAAACACAAAGAAAAUUAGAACAACUCCGGGCAGAGCUGGAUGAGAUGUAUGGGCAGCAGAUAGUACAGAUGAAACAAGAAUUAAUAAAACAACACAUGUCACAGAUAGAUGAACUUAAAACACGACAUAAGGGAGAAAUGGAGAAUGCUUUAAGAUCAUAUCCAAAUAUUACAGUUAAUGAAGAUCAAAUAAAGUUAAUGAAUAUGGCAAUAAAUGAACUGAAUAUAAAAUUGCAAGAUACUAACUCUCAAAAGGAAAAACUCAAGGAAGAACUAGGAGUAAUUUCAGGAGAAAAGUCUGUUCUACAGAGACAGCUUGAAGACCUUUUUGAAGAAUUGAGCUUUUCAAGGGACCAAAUUCAGAGGGCUAGACAGACUAUAGCUGAACAAGAAAGUAAACUCAAUGAAGCACACAAGUCCCUUAGUACAGUGAAAGAUUUGAAAGCGGAGAUUAUCUCUGCAUCUGAAUCAAGGAAGGAACUAGAAGUAAAACAUGAAGCAGAAGUUACACAUUAUAAGAUAAAGCUUGAAAUGUUAGAAAGAGAAAAAAAUGCUGUAUUAGACAGAAUGGCUGAAUCACAAGAAGCUGAGCUAGAGAGGCUGAGGACACAGCUCCUGUUUAGUCAUGAAGAAGAACUUUCCAAACUGAAGGAAGAUUUGGAAAUUGAACAUCGAAUAAAUAUUGAAAAGCUUAAAGAUACCUUAGGCAUUCACUAUAAACAGCAGAUAGAUGGCUUACAUAAUGAAAUGAGUCAAAAAAUAGAAACCAUGCAGUUUGAAAAAGACAAUUUGAUAACUAAGCAGAACCAGUUAAUUUUGGAAAUUUCAAAGCUGAAAGAUUUACAGCAGUCCCUUGUGAAUUCAAAAUCAGAAGAAAUGACCCUUCAAAUCAAUGAACUUCAAAAAGAAAUUGAAAUACUCAGACAAGAAGAAAAGGAAAAGGGUACACUUGAACAAGAAGUUCAAGAAUUACAACUUAAAACUGAAUUAUUGGAGAAACAAAUGAAGGAAAAAGAGGAUGACCUUCAAGAAAAAGUUGCACAACUUGAAGCAGAGAAUAGCAUUCUUAAAGAUGAAAAGAAGGCCCUUGAAGACAUGUUGAAAAUAUAUACUCCUGUUAACCAAGAAGAAAGAUUAAUUUUCAUAGACUCCAUUAAGUCCAGAUCCAAAGACUGUAGCUGGCAAAAAGAAAUAGAAAUACUUACAGAGGAAAAUGAGAACCUCAAAAAACAAUGUAUUCAGCUAACUGAAGAGAUUGAAAAGCAAAGGAACACUUUCUCAUUUGCUGAAAAAAAUUUUGAAGUUAAUUAUCAAGAGUUACAGGAGGAUUAUGCUUGCCUUCUCAAGAAUGAUUUAAGGCUACAGAUGGAAGCUCAACGUAUUUGCCUCUCUCUGGUUUAUUCAACUCAUGUGGAUCAGGUUCGUGAAUAUAUGAAAAAGGAAAAAGAUAAAGCUCUUUGCAGUCUUAAGCAGGAGCUUAUUUCUGCUCAAGAGGAUAAGAUCAAGGAACUUCAGAAAAUACACCAGCUAGAGCUACAGAAUAUAAAAACACAAGAAACAGGUGAUGAAGUGAAGCCUUUACAAAUGCUCAUUGGAAAACUUCACAGGGCAGUGUCUGAAGAAUGUUCUCAUUUUACACAGACUUUUUGCAGUGUCCUUGGUGAACAUUAUACUUCUGCUUUAAAAUGUGAAGUAAAUGUAGAAGAGAAAGAGAAAGAGACUUCCAGUGUUCACACUUCUGAAAAUCAAGGACUAGAAUUGCAAGAUUAUAAAUACGAAGUUCAAGAUUUUCAAGAAAAUGUGCAAACUCUUCUCAACAAAGUAACAGAAGAAUACAGCAAACUCUUGGUACUUCAGUCACGAUUAAGUAAGAUUCAAGGACAGCAGACAGGUGAUGUGAAACUUGAAUUUGCAGAAGAAAACCUUCCAAAAGAGGAAACAGACUUUUUAUCAACCCAUCCUCAGAUGACAAAUUUUCAAGACACUGAUGUUUGUCAUAAAAGAAAGUUAUCUGCUCUGCAAUAUACCGAAAAAAUUAAACAACUUGAAGGACAAGUUCAAGAAUUAGAAAAACUCAUAUCCUCUUUGCAGCAGCAACUGAAAGAAACGGAAGAAAACUAUGGGGCAGAGAUUCAUUCUUUGCAGGAAAGGCUACGAGCUGUUAAUGAGUUCACAGUUCAGCCAAGCUAUUCCAUUGAUUCAAUGGUAAUUACUGAAUCUGAUGUACAGAAAACAGUAUACCCAGGAAGUUGUCUAAAACAGAACAUCGAUGGUGCGGCAGAGUUUUCUGGUGAAUUUGGAGUGAAACAGGAAACAAAUAUGGUUAAGUUGCUGGAAAAACAGUACCAAGAACGAUUAGAAGAAGAAGUAGCUAAGGUCAUUGUGUCAAUGAGUAUAGCAUUUGCUCAGCAAACUGAACUAUCUAGAAUAUCUGGGGAAAAAGAAGAUGCUCCAUCUUCAAAACAAGCAUCUGCUCUCUGUCAGGAAGAACAUUAUUUAAAUGAAAUGAAAUUAUCACAAGGUCACUUUGGUUUUCAGACUUUCAAGGCAACAGACAAGAAAUUUAAAGAAGAAUUUAAACCACUUAGUAAAGAGUUAGGAGAAGAUGGAAAGGAAGUUCUGUUAUCAAACAGGGGUAAUCUUGAUGAUAUACUAGAAUCAAAGGACCGUGAACUGACUAUUUCAGAAGAAAUGUUCUCCAAAGAUAAAACAUUUAUGGUCAGAGAAUCUCUCCAUGAUGAGAUUUUGGUAUCGAGUAUGGAUGCUUCUAGACAACUAAUGUUAAAUGAAGAACAGUUAGAAGAUAUGAGGCAGGAACUUGUACGACAAUACCAGGAACAUCAACAGGCAACGGAACUUUUAAGGCAGGCACACAUGCGGCAGAUGGAGAGACAGCGGGAAGACCAGGAACAGCUGCAAGAAGAGAUCAAGAGACUGAAUAAACAAUUAGCCCAGAGAUCCUCAAUAGAUAAUGAAAACCUGGUUUCAGAGAGAGAGAGGGUGCUUUUAGAGGAGCUGGAAGCACUAAAGCAGCUGUCUCUAGCUGGAAGAGAGAAGCUGUGUUGUGAGCUGCGCAACAGCAGUACGCAAACACAGAAUGCAAAUGAAAACCAUGGAGAAGUUGAGGAGCAGACCUUUAAAGAAAAGGAAUUGGACAGAAAACCUGAAGAGGUGCCUCCUGAAAUUCUGUCCAAUGAAAGGUAUACACUCCAGAAAGCUAAUAGCAGACUUCUGAAGAUCCUCUUAGAAGUUGUAAAGACAACAGCAGCUGUUGAAGAAACAAUUGGUCGCCAUGUCCUUGGUAUUCUAGAUAGAUCUAGUAAAGGCCAGUCAUUGACCAGCCUGAUUUGGAGGUCAGAAGCAGAGACACCAAUAAAGUCAUGUGUGCAUGAGGAACAUACAGGAGAUGAAUCUAAACCCUCUUAUGCUGGAAGUGAUAUACCAAGAAGUGACAAUAGCAUGUGGUCCAAAGUACCUGAGGAAGGAACGGAGCUGUCACAGCAGCUCAUGAGGAGUGGCUUUACUGGAAAUGAAAUAGACCCUGAAAGUGAAGAAUUUAUGUUGAACAUUAGCUCUCGACUACAAGCGGCAGUUGAAAAACUCCUAGAAGCCAUAAGUGAAACUAGUAGUCAGCUGGAACAUGCGAAAGUUACACAGACAGAAUUGAUGCGUGAGUCAUUUAGACAGAAACAAGAAGUGACAGAGUCCCUUAAGUGCCAAGAAGAACUGCGAGAGCGCCUUCAUGAGGAGUGCAGGGCCAGAGAACAGCUGGCUGUGGAGCUCAGUGUCAUUGAUGGCUAUGCAGAUGAAAAAACGCUUUUUGAAAGGCAAAUUCAGGAAAAAACUGAUAUAAUAGAUCGCCUUGAGCAAGAGUUGUUAUGUGCAGGUAAUAGAUUACAAGAAUUAGAAGCAGAGCAACAGCAGAUCCAAGAAGAAAGAGAAUUACUGUCGAGGCAGAAGGAAGCUAUGAAAGCUGAGGCAGGCCCAGUUGAACAGCGACUAGUAGAUGCUGCAGUCGAUGCAGCACCUGGAGCAGAAUUACUACAGGAAACAGAAAAACUGAUGAAGGAAAAACUAGAGGUACAGUGUCAAGCUGAAAAAGUAUGCGAUGACCUUCAAAAACAAGUGAAAGCUCUAGAAAUAGAUGUCGAGGAACAAGUCAGUAGAUUUAUAGAGCUGGAACAGGAAAAAAAUGCUGAACUAAUGGACUUAAGACAGCAAAACCAAGCACUGGAAAAGCAGUUAGAAAAAAUGAGAAAAUUUUUAGAUGAGCAAGCCAUUGAUAGAGAACACGAAAGAGAUGUAUUCCAACAGGAAAUACAGAAACUAGAACAGCAACUUAAGGUCAUACCUCGAUUCCAGCCUAUCAGUGAACAUCAAACUAGAGAGGUUGAACAGUUAACAAAUCAUCUGAAAGAAAAAACAGACAAGUGCAGUGAGCUUUUGCUCUCUAAAGAGCAGCUUCAGAGGGAUAUACAGGAACGUAAUGAAGAAAUUGAGAAACUGGAGUUCAGAGUAAGGGAAUUGGAGCAAGCCUUACUCGUGAGUACGGACAGUUUUCAAAAGGUAGAGGACCGAAAACAAUUUGGAUCUGUAGAAGCUAAAGCGGAAUUGUCUCUAGAAAUACAAUUGCAGGCUGAGCGAGACGCCAUAGACAGAAAGGAAAAAGAGAUCACAAACUUAGAAGAACAGUUAGAACAGUUCAGAGAAGAACUGGAAAAUAAGAAUGAAGAAGUCCAGCAACUACAUAUGCAAUUAGAAAUACAGAAGAAGGAAUCUACUACCCGCCUACAAGAACUUGAACAAGAAAACAAAUUAUUUAAGGAUGAAAUGGAGAAACUGGGAUUUGCCAUAAAGCAAGCUGUUCCUAUCUCUACCCAGGACCAACAUGUACUAUUUGGGAAAUUUGCUCAAAUAAUGCAGGAAAAAGAGGUAGAAAUUAACCAAUUGAAUGAGCAAAUUAUAAAACUUCAGCAUCAACUUAAAAUUACAACAGAUAACAAGGUUAUUGAAGAAAAAAAUGAACUAAUAAGGGAUCUUGAAACCCAGAUAGAAUGUUUGAUGAGUGAUCAAGAACGUGUGAAGAAAAAUAGAGAAGAAGAAAUUGAGCAGCUCAAUGAAGUGAUUGAGAAGCUUCAACAGGAAUUGGCAAAUAUUGAACAGAAGACAUCGGUGGUUACUAAUUCUCUCCCAGAAGAAGCAGAUAGUUUAAAACAUCAGUUGGAUAUAGUAAUAGCUGAAAAACUAGCUUUGGAACAACAAGUAGAAACCACUAAUGAAGAAAUGGCCUUGACAAAAAGUGUACUUAAAGAAACCAAUUUAAAAAUGAACCAGCUAACACAAGAAUUAUGUAGCUUAAAGAGAGAACGUGAAAAUAUGGAAGAAAUUCAUAGUAUACCAGAGAAAAGUGUUAACAUGGCUGUAGAUGAUCUGAGUAGAAACAAACCUGGAUUAGAAGUAGUCCUUACUGAGGCUGCUCGUAAACCCCUAGAAAAUCCGACUUACCUCAAAUCUUUUGAAGAAAACAGCAAAGUUUCCGUAAGCAGUUUGCAAACACAGGUGCUACAACUUGAGAGCACUGUGAGUGCAAAGGACUUAGAACUUACCCAAUGUCAUAAACAAAUAAAGGACCUGCAGGAGCAAGGCCAGUCUGAAAAAGCAGCAUUGAUAAAGAAGAUGGCAAACCUGCAAAAUAUACUUGAGGAAAAGGUGGCUGCUGCUCUUGUGAGUCAGGUCCAACUUGAAGCAGUUAAAGAAUAUGCAAAAUUCUGUCACAAUAAACAAGCAGUUUCACCAGAACCUGGAGGAACAAAUAUACAGAAUUUAAACCAACUAACAGAAAAUGAGGUGGAGUCAAAUUUGUCAGCACUGACCUUGAGAAAAUCAGAAUUAGAAAGCCAUGUGGUUGAAAUGCAGGUAGAAACUGCAGAAAAAAAUGCUUUGGAAAAAGAAAAGAAGCUACUAGAACUACAGAAGCUAUUGGAGGACAAUGAGAAAACACAGGGAAGCAAAGAAAGGAAGAGAAGCCCUCUAGGAGAUUUUGAAGUUCUCAAGACAACUACUGAGCUGAUUCAUACCAGUGAAGAAAAUGAAUUUUUUGGUCGAUUUGAGACUCUUACAGCUGAGUCAGCAGCUACCAAAGAAGAAUUUGCCAGUUACAAAGAGAAGGCAGAAAAACUUCAAGAAGAGCUUUUGGUAAAAGAAACAAAUAUGGCAUUUCUCCAGAAAGAUUUAAGCCAAGUUAGGGAUCAACUCAAAAAGGCAGAAGAGAAAUUAUCGUGCGUCUUAGAAAAAGAAGAUAAUACUGAGGUACAAGAAAACAGAAAGUUCUGCACGUUAGAGCCACUUCUUAUAGAAGUGGGUAGGAGCUCUGCAUCACAGACAGAUGGGACUCUCAAGGUCAACAGCAGCAAUCAGACUCCACAAAUUCUUGUUAGAAAUGCAGGAAUCCAAAUUGAUUUACGGAGUGAAUGUUCAUCAGAGGAAGUCACUGAAGUAAUUAAUCAGUUUACUGAAAAAAUUGAGCAGAUGCAAGAACUACAUGCUGCUGAGAUUCUGGAUAUGGAAUCCAGACAUAUUUCAGAAACUGAAACCUUAAAGAGAGAUCACUAUGUUGCUGUUCAGUUACUGACAGAGGAAUGUGGUACCUUGAAGUCAGUGAUACAGUGUCUGAGAUCUAAAGAGGGCUCCUCAGUUCCUGAAUUAACACAUUCUGAUGCUUACCAAACUAGAGAAAUAUGUUCCAGUGAUUCUGGAUCAGACUGGGGUCAGGGAAUUUAUCUUACACAAAGUCAGGGAUUUGACAUAGCAUCAGAAGGCCGAGGCGAAGAAGGUGAAAGUUCAACAGAUUCAUUUCCAAAGAAAAUAAAGGGAUUACUGAGAGCAGUCCAUAAUGAAGGCAUGCAGGUGCUCUCUCUUACUGAGUCUCCCUAUAGUGACGGAGAAGACCAUUCUGUUCAGCAAGCUUCAGAAUCUUGGCUAGAAGAGAGAAGAGCUUACCUCAGUACAAUCUCAUCUCUUAAGGAUUUGAUUACCAAAAUGCAAAUGCAAAGGGAAGCCAAGGUUUAUGAUAGUUCUCAAUCUCAUGAGAGCUCCUCUGACUGGCGAGGUGAACUUCUGCUUGCUCUUCAGCAGGUUUUCUUAAAGGAGCGCGGUGUUUUACUAGCUGCAUUUCAGACAGAGCUGACAGCUCUAGGUACUAGAGAUGCAAUUGAAUUAUUAAACUGUUUGGAACAGAGAAUACAAGAACAGGGUAUUGAAUAUCGAGCAGCCAUGGAAUGCCUCCAGAAAGCAGAUAGAAGGAGUUUGUUAGCUGAAAUUCAAGCAUUGCAUGCUCAGAUGAAUGGUAAGAAGAUGACUCUGAAAAGAGAACAAGAGAAUGAUCAACCAAGCCAAGAACUCUUGGAAUAUAAUAUGCAGCAGAAGCAGGCUCAAAUGCUGGAGAUGCAAGUGGAGCUCAGCAGUGUGAAAGACAGAGCAACAGAACUGCAGGAACAACUGAGUUCUGAGAAAAUGGUGGUUGCUGAACUGAAAAGUGAACUUGCACAAGCUAAACUGGAGCUAGAAACAACACUCAAGGCACAGCAUAAGCACCUAAAGGAAUUAGAGGCAUUCAGGUUGGAAGUUAAAGAUAAAACGGAUGAAGUACAUUUGCUUAAUGACACAUUAGCAAGUGAACAGAAAAAGUCCAGAGAGCUCCAGUGGGCUUUGGAGAAAGAGAAAGCCAAGCUGGGACGCAGUGAAGAGCGGGAUAAAGAAGAACUUGAGGAUCUGAAAUUUUCACUUGAGGGUCAGAAACAAAGGAAUAUUCAGCUAAAUCAACUUUUGGAACAACAGAAACAACAACUAAAUGAAUCACAGCAGAAAAUAGAAUCACAAAGAGUGCUACAUGAUGCCCAGUUAUCCGAAGAACGAGGUCGAAACUUGGAGCUUCAAGUACUUCUUGAAUCUGAGAAAGUUCGAAUUCGGGAAAUGAGUAGUACCCUGGAUACAGAGCGGGAAUUACAUGCACAACUACAGAUCAGUGAUGAUAGUGGGCAGUCUCGGCCAUCCUUACCCUCUGAGGACCUCCUUAAAGAGCUUCAGAAACAGCUAGAGGAGAAACACAGUCGCAUAGUAGAAUUGUUAAAUGAGACUGAGAAAUAUAAACUGGAUUCUUUGCAAACAAGACAGCAAAUGGAAAAGGAUAGGCAAGUUCACAGGAAGACGUUGCAGACAGAACAAGAGGCCAACACUGAGGGACAGAAAAAAAUGCAUGAGCUUCAGUCCAAAGUGGAAGAUCUUCAGCGCCAACUGGAAGAGAAAAGGCAACAAGUUUAUAAGUUAGACCUUGAAGGAAAACGACUGCAAGGAAUUAUGCAGGAAUUCCAAAAGCAGGAACUAGAACGAGAAGAAAAACGAGAAAGUAGAAGAAUUCUGUACCAGAAUCUUAAUGAGCCAACCACUUGGAGUUUAACCAAUGAUCGAACCAGAAAUUGGGUUCUUCAACAGAAAAUAGGAGAGACAAAGGAAUCAAGCUAUCCUAAAAUGAUUGAAAUGAAUGGAGGAGGAGCUGGCUAUAAUCAUGAAUUAGAAAUGAUCAGACAAAAACUUCAAUGUGUGGCUUCAAAACUACAGCAUCUAGCCCAGAAAGCCUCUAAUAGACUACAGUUUGAAACAGCAGAUGAUGAAGAUUUUGUUUGGGUUCAGGAAAAUAUUGAUAGAAUUGUUUUACAACUACAAAAAUUAACUGGCCAGCCAGGUGAAGAGCCUACCUUAAGGUCCCCAAGUACUUCUUGUGGCUCAUUAACUGAAAGACUAAUAAGACAAAAUACUGAGCUGACAGGACAUAUCAGCCAGCUGACUGAAGAAAAGAAUGAUUUAAGAAACAUGGUUAUGAAGCUGGAGGAGCAGAUCAGGUGUUAUCGACAGACAGGAGCCGGCAGAGAUUAUUCUUCUAGGUUUUCAUUCAGUGGUGGCCCCAACAUUGAAGCCAUCAUUGCUUCAGAAAAAGAAGUCUGGAACAGAGAAAAGUUGACUCUCCAAAAAUCCUUGAAACGGGCAGAAGCUGAAGUAUACAAACUAAAAGCUGAACUAAGAAAUGAAGCUUUACUUCAAAAUCUGAGCCCUGAUUCUGAGCACGCCACUGUAAAGAGAAUUUAUGGCAAAUACCUGAGGGCAGAAAGUUUUCGGAAAGCUCUCAUUUAUCAAAAGAAAUACCUGCUUCUGUUACUGGGUGGGUUCCAGGAAUGUGAGGAUGCCACCCUGGCUCUGCUUGCCCGAAUGGGGGGACAUCCAGCCUUCACGGAUCUAGAGGUGAUCACCAACCGUCCAAAGGGCUUCACGAGGUUUCGGUCAGCUGUCAGAGUGUCCAUGGCAAUUUCGAGAAUGAAAUUUUUGGUUCGACGGUGGCAUCGAGUCACAAGUUCUGGUUCCAUCAAUAUUAACAGGGAUGGCUUUGGAUUGAAUCCAGGUACAUUUUGGAUUACUUCAGGUGCCGAAAAGACUGACCCAUUUUAUCAUUCUUCUGGUGGGCUGGAGCUAUAUGGAGAACCAAGACAUAGUACGUAUCGCUCAAGAUCAGAUCUGGACUAUCCAAGGUCUCCUUUACCAUUUCAAAAUAGGUACCCAGGUCCUCCAGCUGAUUUAAAUCCUGGUUCCUUAGCAUGUUCUCAGCUUCAGAAUUAUGAUCCUGACAGAGCCCUGACAGAUUAUAUCACUCGGCUAGAGGCACUGCAGAGACGACUUGGAACUGUACAGUCAGUUCUGGAGGCUAGCAAGUCCAAGAUUGAAGCGCCAGCAAAUUUGAUGUCUGGUGAGAGCCCAUUUCCUGAUUCUGUAGACUGCCAUCUUCUGUGUCCUCACGUGGCAGAGGGGCAAGGGGACUCUCCAAGUUCUCUUUUAUAAGGGCACUAAUACCAUUCGUGAGAGCUCCACCACCAUGACCUAAUCACCUCCCAAAGGCCCCACUUACAAAUACCAACAAAUUGGGGAUUAGGUUUCAACAUACGAAUCUGGGGAGACACAGACAUUCAGCCUAUGGUAGUAUGUAUCACCUUAUUAUAUAUCUCAAAUAUGUAGCAUUUAGAGAUUCAGAAAGUGAUCCUAAUUUUAGAAUUAGCUACUGUUGGGAUUUUUCUUUCCCUACACGGAUAGAGAGUUUUUCCAUGUGCCUUUUUUAUCAACUUUAAGUCUACAUAUAGUGUUUUUUAGAAGCCAAAUGGGUAUUUUCAUGAUUAAUCCAUAUUUGUCCUAUUAUAUUUAAGGUUACUUGUAUCCAAAGGUGUGUCCUCACAAAGCCAUGCCCACUAAGAUAAUACAGAAUCUUAAAUUUUAUUAACCACAAUGCAGAAUUAAGCAGUAUUCCUGCUGUCCAAUCCAAAUUGAGUGAGAUGCUUUCACAGAGAUAAUAUAGAUCUCAAUGUUAUUUCUUAACUAGAGUCCUUCUGAUAACAUGGCCAUCACUAAAAUAGCAAGAAUAGUAUUUGAUACUUAUUUCCAGAGGAUUUUAUCUUACCAUUUGAUAUUCUAUGAUUUACACCAACACAAACAAGCAAUUGACACUCUUGGAAAUUUCAAAUUACCUAAAUUUUCCAUAUUUAGCAGCUGGGUUCCAAUAAGGAGUUCUAGAAGUUACAAAUGUAUUCUAAAACAGUUAGUUGAAGAGGGGAGGUUGUGGGUAAAACCUUUUUUAGCUAAACAUUGCCUUCCAUUCAAGGCAAUUCUACUCUUAAGAGAGAAUGGAGAAAAGAGCAGAUAAACAAGUGCUCUGAUCAAUCUUAUUUCACUCCCAUCAUUUGACCAUCACCGUCCUUAUGACAUUAGGCCUCUGCAGUCAAACUUGUUAAUGCUUCUUAAUAAUUGGUCUGUGGUUAAAAACUAAAUCUUUUUAAGUAAGUCUUCUUAAAACUAUUCACUAAACAUGAACCAGCCUUAUCAGAGUUUUAACUUUGUGUGUGCCAUGAACCUCUCUAGCAAUCUUGUGAAACUAUGGAUCUCUUCUCAGAAUAAUGCUUUUAAAGACAUAAAAUAUAUAGGAUUGCAAAGGAAACCAACUAUAUAGAAAUAGUCAAACUUUAAAAAAUUUUUGUGAUGAGUA